AAACCCAGUUAAUAACUAAUGUUGAGUCUAAAAAAUAUUCUCCGAGAAAUACAAAACAUAGAAAUUUUAAGUGUGAUAUUAACUGGGUUUUUACAACAAAAAAAAGAAAAAAAAAACGAUUAUAUAUCAUCAAAGAAUUCCCUAUUUUCCUGUUUUUGUACUAAAUAUUAACUUUCUUUUUCUCUCAAAAAUAAUAUUUUUGUAAUUUUUAGAUAUGGUUAGUUUCCGAUUUUAUCGUUAAGAUUUACUAAAAUUUACUUUUAUGACUAUAUCUAACAAGGAAAUAAAUAAAAAAUAAAAAGUAAAACAAAACAAUUCUCAUUAACUAUUAAUAACGACGUCUUCUAUGUUUCGUCUUCCUUAGCUUUGCCAUAAGCUCCUUAUUUUUUACACUCUCUCCACAACACACAAAAAUACAUAAGGUACGAUGAUCAAUCUUAACUAUGUUUUCUCUUCAGUUUUUUCUCCAAUGUUUAGGUUUUCAAUCUCUAUCUCUAUCACAAACUCAAAACUAUAUUUAUUUUGUAUUUUUAAUAUUUUUGUUCUAAGAUUUUUGGAGUUUAGUCGGAGAGAGAACAAUGAUCAGUUUCAGAGAAGAGACCAUCGAUCUCAACUUGAUUAAAACAGUUAAUAUAAUCUGUAAUGAUCCCGACGCUACUGAUUCCUCUAGCGACGAUGAAUCUAUCUCCGGCAAUAAUCCUCGCCGUCAGAUCAAACCAAAGCCACCAAAGCGUUACGUCUCAAAGAUCUGUGUCCCGACGCUGAUCAAAAGGUACGAGAACGUUUCGAAUUCUACAGGGAAUAAAGUAGCCGGAAACCGGAAAUCGUCGUCGGGUUUCAAAGGCGUACGACGGAGGCCGUGGGGGAAAUUUGCGGCGGAGAUAAGAAAUCCGUUUGAGAAGAAGAGAAAGUGGCUUGGAACGUUUCCUACUGAAGAAGAAGCAGCAGAGGCUUAUCAGAGAAGUAAAAGAGAGUUUGAUGAACGAUUAGGUUUAGUUAAACCGGAAAGAGAUGUAACCAGGCCUUGUGGUGUACGUAAACCUGAAGAGAAGGAAGUUACUGACAAGUCAAAAUGCAAAAAGGUAAAUAAGAGAAUUGUUACUGAGACGCCAUUCGGUUGUGGUUAUAAUGCUGAUGAAGAAGAGGGAGUGAUUGGUAAAAUGUUGGAAGAUCCGUUGAUGACAUCCUCGAUUGCGGAUAUUUUUCGUGAUUCGGUUGUUGAAGCAGAUGAUAUUUGGGUGGAUUACAAUUCAGUGGAAUUUAAUUCGAUUUUAGAUGAUCUAAAGUUAGAUUUUGUGGAGAAUAUUGAUAGUGUAGGCAUGGAGAAAACAUUCGGAUUUAAGAUUGGGGAUAACACUAAGGUUAAUCAACACACGAAAAUCGUAUCGACGAUUGCAGAUAUUUUCGACGAUCCGUUGUUAGAUGAUUUUAAGUUAGAAGAUUUUCCGAUGGAUGAUUUUGGAUUAUUAGGAGAUCCAGAGGAUGAUGAUUAUAGUUGGUUUAAUGGUACUACUGAUUGGAUCGAUAAGUGUUUAUGAAUACUUUUUUGUGACACGGCUUAGUACAAAUCAUUGAGUUACAAGUUCUUGUAAUUCGUUUUUGAUUUUGAUGGUUUUGUAACUAACUAUUAUAUAAAAGAGAUUAUCUCAUAAGAGAAGCUUUUACUAGUAUGAACUUUAGUUUCUUAAACUGAUUAAGAAUAAAGUUGUAACCAUGUCAUUGUAGGGAUAACAUUCAAAAGCUAUACCAACUUGCACGAACGAAAUAUGUUCCACACGAGCUUUUGUCCCUUUGGACUAGCUUCUGGUUUCGUUGCAAUAGCCUUUUUUUUUUUUUUUUUUUUUAUGACAAGAAUU